CACCCACUCCCCACUCUCCUCCAUUAAUAAAACCCUCUCUUCACAGUAACCUCUCACAAUAACCUUUCUCUCUCUUUCUUUCUUUCGCCGCCUCUCUAACGGUAAAAAAAUCAAUCAAAUACUCACAACCCAGACCUCCGCUCCUCUCUAUCUGUAUCUUCAAUGGCGGCUGGUUCAGUCAGAAAGCUCUUUGUUGAAGUCUGUAAUGCAAAGAAUUUGAUGCCGAAAGAUGGGUUAGGAACCGCAAGUGCUUAUGCGAUUGCGGAUUUCGAUGGCCAGAGGAAGAGGAGUAAGACUAUUGUUCGCGAUCUAAAUCCUGAAUGGAAUGAAAAGCUUGAGUUUUUCGUUCAUGAUACCGAUUCAAUGGCGUCUGAAGUUCUUGAAGUCAAUCUUUAUAAUGACAAGAAAACGGUAAAAAGAAGCACUUUUCUUGGUAAAGUUAAAAUUGCUGGUAAUAUGUUUGCGAAAUCUGGAUCGGAGGCACUCAUUUAUUAUCCAUUGGAGAAAAGAAGUGUCUUUUCUCAGAUCAAAGGCGAGAUUGGUCUCAAAGUUUGGUUUGUUGAUGAAAUUAUUCCACCUCCACCACCGGCGGAGGAUGGAAAAACAACGGAGGUGGAGAAGAAAGUGGAAGAGAAGCCGCCGGAGAAGGAAGAAGAGAAAAAAGCUGAUGAAAAAACGGAGGCGAAGAAUGAUGAUGAGAGUAAGAACAAAGACGAUAAGCCGAACCCAUCUGAGGAAGUUAAAAAGGAAGAGAAUCCAAAGCCGGCUGAGAAUCCAAAGACAGAGGAAGCUCCUCCGCCUGCGACGCCGCCGCCGCCGCCGCCGCAACCCGACGAUACAGACAAUCGGAAACAACAAGACAAGAUCAUAACUCCCAGAAAACAAACAGAUCUAUCUGCGAACGAUCGGGAGCUCCGGUCAUUUACAGGCGAUCGGAAUCGAGGGUCUUAUGAUCUUGUCGAUCCAAUGCCUUUCCUAUUCGUACGAGUCAUGAAGGUGAAACGAACAAAUCCAGAAGCCGAUUCUUCACAAUAUGCAAAGCUUGUAAUCGGAACUCACAGCAUCAAAACAAAAACCCAGUUACAAGGGAAAGAUUGGGACCAAGUUUUCGCCUUCAACAAAGAAGUCUUGAAUUCAACCUCGCUAGAAGUCUCAGUCUGGUCGGAGAAGAAAGGUGAAGACGGUAACCCUAUUGAAACAUCUCUCGGAACUGUAUCUUUUGAUCUUCUAGAAAUCCCAAAACGAGUCCCACCGGACAGUCCACUUGCGCCGCAAUGGUACACUAUGGACGGAUUGCCGGAAAAUUCUCCGGCAUCCGAUAUCAUGCUCGCCGUUUGGAUCGGAACUCAAGCCGAUGAAUCGUUUCAAGAAGCAUGGCAAUCAGAUUCAGGCGGGUUAAUACCGGAGACACGAGCCAAAGUUUACCUCUCACCGAAGCUGUGGUAUCUGAGAGUAACGGUUAUCCAAACCCAAGAUCUCCGAUUAGGUUCGGGUCAAUCCGAGCCUAAAGUCAAGAAUCCAGAUUUAUACGUUAAAGCCCAGCUCGGUUCACAGUUGUUCAAAACGGGUCGGACUACAAUCGGGUCAUCAAGCUCCUCCUCUAACCCUACAUGGAAUGAAGAUCUAGUUUUCGUGGCGGCUGAGCCGUUCGAGCCGUAUCUAAUGAUCACAGUCGAAGACUUAUCCAACGGUCGGUCCAUAGGUCAAUCAAAAAUCCACGUGGCAAGCAUUGACAGGAUAACCGAUGACAAAUCCGAACCCAGAUCAAGAUGGUUCAAUUUAAUCGGCGACGAAAACACUCCUUACGCCGGUAGAAUACACGUGCGUGUUUGCUUAGAAGGAGGGUAUCACGUGCUUGACGAGGUUCCCCAUUUCACCAGCGAUGUCCGACCAGCCGCCAAAGAGCUAUCUAAGCCGCCAAUUGGACUACUCGAAUUGGGUAUCCGCGGCGCCACGAAUCUGCUCCCGGUGAAGACCAGAGACGGUUCACACGGCACAACCGAUGCUUAUGUGGUCGCGAAAUACGGACCAAAGUGGGUCCGAACACGGACAAUUCUCGACCGGUUCAAUCCCCGUUGGAACGAACAGUAUACAUGGGAUGUAUAUGAUCCCUGCACUGUACUAACAAUUGGAGUAUUCGACAAUGGGAGAUACGAAUCAGCUGAAAUGAAGAAAAGUGGGAAGGAUUUGAGAAUUGGGAAAUUGAGAUUGAGGCUUUCUACAUUAGAAACAAACAGAGCUUAUGUGGGUUCAUACUCAUUGAUGGUAUUACUUCCAGGUGGGGUGAAGAAGAUGGGUGAGAUAGAAAUUGCAGUUAGAUUCACAUGUUCAUCUUGGUUAAGCUUAAUUCAAGCCUAUCACACUCCAAUGCUUCCAAGAAUGCAUUAUGUAAACCCAUUAGGACCUGCGCAACAGGAUAUAUUGAGGCACACGGCUAUGAGAAUCGUAAUGGUUCGAAUGGCCCGAUCUGAACCUGCAUUAGGGCAGGAAGUUGUACAACAUAUGCUUGAUUCGGACACUCAUAUAUGGAGCAUGAGAAGAAGUAAGGCGAAUUGGUUCAGAGUGGUUGGAUGUUUGUGCAAGGUGGCGUCUUUGGCUAAAUGGGUUGAUGGAAUAAGGAAAUGGAUACACCCACCGACGACAAUUCUGAUGCAUAUAUUACUAUUGGCAAUCGUUUUGUUUCCUGAUUUGAUUUUACCUACGGUUUUCAUGUAUGCGUUUUUGAUACUAGCAUUGAGGUUUCGAUACCGGCAAAGGAUUUCACUUGCGGUGGAUACACGGCUGUCGUGUUUGGAUAUGGUGGGAAUUGAUGAUCUUGAUGAGGAGCUUGAUGGGUUUCCGACGGUGAGGUCGCCGGAGCAAAUUCGAGUUAGAUAUGAUAGACUUCGGGCGAUUGGGGGACGGGUUCAGACGCUUUUGGGCGAUGUGGCGGCGCAGGGAGAGAGAUUGGAAGGUUUGUUUAGCUGGAAGGAUCCAAGGGCUACAGGGAUAUUUGUGGUGGUUUGUUUGUUGGCUUCAUUGAUGUUUUAUGCGGUGCCGUUUAAGGUGGUUGUGCUUGGUUUUGGUUUUUAUUUGCUCCGGCAUCCAAGGUUUAGAGGUGAUAUGCCUUCUAUUCCGGUUAACUUUUUCCGGCGGUUGCCUUCUCUUUCAGACCAAAUUCUGUGAUUUUGUUGUUGUUUUAGGUUUUUUUUUGUACUAAUUAAUAUUAUUUACUUCAUUUUAAAUUAUUUGUGGUAGAUUGAUUAAUUCAAUUUGGUUCUUAAAUUAUUUUGAAAUAUUAGUAAUUACUAUGCAACAUUAUUAAGAACUAGAAACACUUUAACA